AAUAGCAAAAAUAUGACUUUCCUCAAUUAUUGCAGUAUUCCAUUAUUCAAGCUUAAACCUUCUCGAUAAUUUUAGAUUUUAAUUAAGUUGAACAGAAGACAUCAAAGUGAACGGAAAAGAAGUCAAGGUUGGGACGAUUCUUGAGCUCAACUAUUUGUCCAAAUAUUUAAAGGUAGACUUUAUUUUACCAUUCCACAGAUUCGCAAGAUCUACUUAAGUCUGAUGUAAGAUUUAGGAAUGGCUAAGGAAGUCCUUAUUCAAAGAUGCCUCAGUUUUGUAAUGAAAACCUUCAUAAGACAGAAGAUGACAGUGAAAGAAAUCCCAAGAUUGACUGUCCCUAUAAAAAUGGCAAGAAACAUUGAGAAAGUAAAACUAAAGAAAAUCAUUCAUGAAGAGGGUCUGAGAAAACAAAGGAAAGGUGCACUGCUGAUUACCUGUAAAAAUAAGAAAUAUAAUUUCCAUAUGAAUGGGAAAUUUGAUGAGAACAAUCCAAGAGAACUGGCUUCACAUGGAUGGAAGCAUUAUAAGUCAGCCAUGGCCAGGGAUUUCUUCACCAUCAAUGCUCAUGCAAUGAAUCCAGCUCUAUUAAAUGACACAGAACAGUGUGGAUUUUCAGAUUUGAAGAUUGGUGAAGAAUUAUGCCAGAGAUUGAAGGUAGCAGGGAUAGAGGUCCCUACAGAUGUUCAGAAACAGACAAUACAAGAGAUACUGCAAGGGAAGAAUGUUAUGUGUGCUGCUCAGACUGGAAGUGGAAAAACUCUUGCCUAUUUAUUACCCAUCAUAGAGAAUAUUUUAAGACAAAAAUAUUACACUUUGAGAGAGGGACCUGACUGUGAGGAUACCAAUGCUCCCCGGGCUCUUAUACUGGUUCCCUCCAGGGAACUGGCUCAACAGCUAAUGGAUGUAGCUGCUAUGUUUGAGGAUUUGCUGGUGUUUAGAGCUUGGACUGGUGGAUCUCAUACAAUGGUGAAAGCUAAAUAUACGAGACGUGAGCCCAUUGAUGUACUUAUUUCAACCCCCGGAGCGCUUAAGAUGUUUCUGACUUUAGGUAAAGUAAGGCCUUCCCAGUUGCAGCAUGUUGUAUUGGAUGAAGCUGACACUUUAUUGGAUGACAGCUUUUUUCAUGAUAUCAGAUUUAUUUUUACAAAGUUACAUAUACAUGGAGGAAAAGCCAUCCAGAACCAGGGGUCUUCUAGUAUCCAGAUCAAUUUAAUUAGUGCAACUAUGCCCAGGGAUCUACAAAAUAACAUUGGCUCUAUGAUAUCAAUGGAUAGUAUUACAAAAGUUAUGUCAAGAUGUCUUCAUACUCUCCUGCCACAUAUAACACAAACAUUUAUAAGACUGAGGAAAUCUGAUAAACCAGGUGAACUUCUGAAAAUAGCUAGAUAUAACCUGGAAAAUAAGGUUCCCUCCAUGAUCUUCUGUAAUCACAGUAGUACCAGUUACUUUGUCAUGAAAUUCCUGGAGGAAAACAAUAUCCCAAGUACAAUACUGAAUGGAGAGAUUAAUGCACAGUUCAGAGAAGGAAAGUUUGAAGAAUUUCAAAAAGAGAAGUCCAAUAUAAUUGUGUGUACAGAUGUGGCUUCAAGAGGCCUGGACACCAUUAGGACCAGGCAGGUAGUUAACUAUGAUUUCCCUGAUUUUGUAUCUGACUACAUUCAUCGAAGUGGACGGGUUGGUAGAAUUGGGUCACAGGGUCACGGAACAGUUACCAGUUUCAUCUCCGAGAAGUGGGAUGUGGAUCUGCUCUGGAAAAUAGAGACAGCGGUAAGAAGGGGAGAAACUCUACACAACGUGAAUGCGAACAUAAAACGAAAAUUAAAAGGAUUAGAAGACUCGUGGUGAUCAUUUAUUGUGAAAUUUACAUUUGAAAACUUCAAUUCUUGUGAAAAAUGUUCUGUCCAUGAUAUUGACAAAACAUUUUGCCUAUUUUAUGGAGAAUUAUGUAUAAGGAAAUUUAAAGAAGGUCUAAUGCUUUUGUGUUCUUGUUUCCUAAUACGUCUGAACUUCUUGGAGUAAUGCUGUACGAUCCUGCUAAGCUGUUAUCAUCUGCUGGUGACAUCACUGUAUUUGUCGUGUCCUGCUAUUCGUCAAAUACUUUCACACUUAAACCAAGCAAACAUCCCAGCGCGGUGCCAAAAUCGCAGCGUUAAAUCGAAGAAAAUUUCCGUAUCCAACCAAUUCCAGAGUAAAUACGUCAAGACAAUACGCUGUGAAAGUGGAAGUCCAUUGUAAUCUACUCGACAGAUGAACGUCGGGUAACCUAUCACUGACUUUUUGAUCUGUCAUAUUUUUAAGUGGACCAAUUCAAAGACAAAUAUGCCGCUGCUCGAUGUAUCGAUAUUCUAUUUACGUUGUGACACUGACGUAUCGAGUUUUCCUGCAUAAUAAGUGCGAGUUUUUGUUUUGAUAGUCUUUGAAUUCUAUAACCACGAGCCAAAUAUGAUGUCAUAUUAAAUGUGGACUUUUGUUGCAUGAAAUGACAGAUAUGAUCGCUUUGGUGAUUUCCGAUGCUAAAAGAAUACGGCGGUGUAUAACAAUGCAUUCUCCCUGAUUGCCACCGGAAAUCAUCAACGUAGUUAUGAUACUGCAAAUAUGUACAUUUAACGUUCGAUCGGAAUUUUCCGGAAGUAAUCGACAGCGCGAACACGGCCCGAAUGUGAGUGAUCGAUAAGUAACGCGGCAUACCUUUAGAACACCCGACCCGGUUCGCCAAAUCGGACGGAUGCCGGGAAUCCGAGAUUGAUCUUGAAUUGAGGCACUUUUAAUAGACAGUCGUUAAUUAGUGACGAAUCGCCUCAGUGAUCAGUGAAGAAUUUUAUUGGAUUUUUGUUCUUCUCGAUUCCGAGACAUUGUACUUUUACAGGUAGUGAGUAAUAGGUAGCUUGCAAUUCCGUAAGACGACCCGUCCCUCAAUGGUACCGUGCACAGCAUACAAGUACCACUCGUUACGCCAGUGGCGAUAACAAGCAAAAACAUAACUAAUUGAACAGAUAGUAUUAAUAGUUUCUUUUCAAGGAAAACAUUUUCCGCGUUACAAAUGAUGUUUUGCAGAAAAAGGAAGUACACAAAUGCUGCCGAGAAAUAUUAAAUACAUGUUAUAAGAGUUCUAAAGACAGACUUCUACCCCAAUAAAAAGCAUAAGCU